CGACAACCAGCCUACCAUUACUGAUCCGGAUAGCUAUUACUGAUCUGCUCCUGGCAAACUCUACUACUUGUUGAAACCACCGUUUCUUCGCUGCUGUGCUUCCUCAUCCUCACCUCACCACUUCACAACCCUCAAACCGCACAAUGGACUCCCAAUCAUUCGACUACUGGCUAGCGCAAGGGAACUACCUUCCCCCGCACCAAACACAAGUCUUCGAGCUCCCCGCAGACCUCUCGCAAGUCCCCAGCCUAAGCAACUCACCCGUCUCCGCAACCUUCGAUUCGCUCCCGCAACAACACCCCCACCAACUCUACCAACAACAAUACCCGCACAUGGCCGACGAGCUAAACUUCUCGUACCAACUCCCCAUGACGCCCUCGGACUUCGGCAGCGCGGACGAGAGCCCCUACUGCAGUCCGCGGCCGCGCCAGACAGAGCUGAGCUAUCCUCCGCCGCAGCCCGCCGAGCGCACGCACACAACUAGCGGACGCCGCCGCGCCCAAAAUCGCGCCGCGCAACGCGCCUUCCGCGAGCGCAAGGAGAAGCACGCCAAAGACCUCGAGGCGCAGCUCGCUGUCCUGACCGAAAAGUACCGGCAUCUGGAGUCGUCGCACGGGGAGCUCAACGCGGCGUACGACAAGCUGCGCAAGACGAUCGAGCUGCUCACGGCCGACGACAGCGAGAGCGUCGGCGGCGGCGCGGAGGGGGAGAAGCAAGGGGAGCUCGGGGGCCAGCAGCGGAAACCGAGUAACGCGGAUACGCUGCGGAAGUUGCUGGAUAUAUUGCAUGGGGAGGUGCGGGUGAAGAGUGAGACUUGAACAGCUUCAUGUCUUCAUCCUUCUUCUCUUCAUGUCUAUUCCUGUUUGCAGCAAGCGACUAGCGAAAAGGGCGGCGGGUCUGUCUUCUGAUUUAGCAACUUUAAUGAGGGAACUUCCAGCGGGUGUUUUGGGUAUUGGAAGGAUAGGGGGGGUUGGGUAUCUGAGGCUAGGGCGGGGCUU